AUGUGGAUGCCCUCCUCUUUGCCUGAUUGGCUACGAGCCUUGACCGAGGCAAUUGGUCGGAAGGACGUCACUCAUUUGAUAGCAUUGUCAAGCAACUCAAAUGUCAAUGGCUUUUUGAGAGCUCUAUCAUCUCGCAGCGUGAAGCCACUCGUUGCCUCCAAGGCCGUCAGAUGGAUCAUCAAACCGGAAAAGCUUUCGACAUCGAAACUUCUCAACACCGAAUGGGAUCUACUUAUCAUCCUGCCAGCGUCGACUCCGUUGCCAGAGAUCUAUUUGGGCGCUGAUUGGGUCAAGGCGCAUUGGUCCAUCACAGCUGGCGCUCCAAGUAGCCUGGUCAAUGGCUUCGGAGGCAAAAACGACAGAUUACUGCAUCCUCAGAACGGCGACGUCCCUGCUCUUACCGGCUCUUUGGACAAACCACGGAAGGCAUCCUCAGCACAAGGGCUUGAGCUAAACGACGAGUUACUCGAGUGGAGCAAGGGUUUCAAGCUCGGUCAAGAUGGCGCCGUCAGCAUGCUCAAUCUACUAGCUUUCAACCCAGGCAAAGAAAUGCACGAGAGCUACCUGCAGUACGGCAAGGCCUUCGGCGAAUCCAUUGGUAGCAGACGAGGUGGCAAGGCCAAGAUCGUGGGCAAGGUCGUUGCUAAUCAAGGAACGAGUGGCGAGGACACUGCUGGCUGGGACGAAAUUGCUCUGGCGCAUUAUCCGAGCAUCAACCACUUCAUCGAUAUGCUUGCUAGUGAGGACUACCAGGAAGUGAAUCACAAAGAUCGAUUGCCGGCGUUGCGGGAUACUUGUAUUUUGUGCACAACAGAACUGGACUCGGAGCUUACUUCGGAGAAACCAAAGCUGUAG